GGUGAUGCUGCCGCUCAAGUGUUGCAUGCUGAAGAGUCCCGACGCUCAGUGUGAGAGCUUUAAAGGAUGUUAGGAUGAAGGUUGGAAACGAGGGGAAAUGAAGAUGAAGAUAAGAGUGUGCCAAGGGGUUAGUGGCAUCAUCAUCAUCACCAUGGUUACCAGUUUUAUGUUGGUGUACAACAGCAGCUCUGGCGACAGAUCAUCCUCCUCAUCUGCAUCAUCGGUGUCAUCCCACCGUGUAGAUGGUCCUGCUCCAUCCACGAGGAAGCCGGAGAGACUGCAGAGACUCCUGACACCAACACUUGAGGGGUACACAGGUGUCAUGGAUCAUAAGCCUCUGAAGAUGCACUGCAAGACUUGUGCCCUGGUGACCAGCUCUGGCCAGCUAACUGGGAGCAAGAGAGGUGAAGAAAUCGACCGCUCUGAGUGCGUAAUCCGUAUGAACGAUGCUCCCAGCAUCAGAUAUCAGCGAGAUGUCGGGCGACGCACAAGCUUGCGUGUCAUAGCUCACUCCAGCCUGCAGAGGGUGCUGCGAAGCCGGCAGGAGCUGCUCAAUGCGAGCCAAGACACAGUGUUCAUCUUCUGGGGACCCAGCAGCUGCAUGAGACGGGAUGGAAAGGGCCACGUUUACAACAACCUCAGGCUGUUAAACCAACUUCUGCCCAAACUUAAAGUCUACAUUAUUUCUCGGAUCAAAAUGCUCAAGUUUGAUGAGCUGUUUAAAAAGGAAACGGGGAUUGACAGGAAGAGUUCCAACUCCUGGCUGAGUACCGGCUGGUUCACCAUGGCCAUAGCCCUGGAGCUGUGUGACAGGAUCAAAGUGUAUGGCAUGGUGCCUCCUGAUUUCUGCAGAUCCUCCUCUCAUCCCUCUUUGCCGUAUCAUUACUAUGAGCCCGCGGGGCCCGACGAGUGCUCCAUGUAUCUCUCCCACGAGAGGAGUCGGCGAGGAAGCCACCACCGCUUCAUCACGGAGAAGGCAGUGUUUGCAAACUGGGCUCGAACCCUCAACAUCCACUUUCACCAGCCAGACUGGAAACCAGAUGCUGUCAACACCAACAUGAACAGCUCAUACACUCCGGUUCCAGCUGGAUCCUGAGAUUCACUCCACUGACGAUCCUCAGACGUGUGGAAUAUUUGUGUGGACGGUUUCCAGGGCUCAGAUUCCCUCUCUGGACAAUAUGAAUGCAUGAGACAACAGUAGGACAGAGCAGGCUACUGUUGUGGCUGUUAGCCCGCUGUCUAAGCAGCUUGGCAGAAUGGGAUCAUUGCAUAAUAGCAGCACAAAGCCCCAACAAUGUUUUGGAAGUGUAACUAUAAUAGGAUGAAUUUCAUACUGGAAUCAAAGCCAUGGAGGUUGGCUCAAGUGUUUUUUUACUCAGUGUAGAGCUGCUUUGACAACACUUGAGCUGUUAGAGAGGAGACAGACAAUGAGGCAGAACACCGCUGCAAUAACAGCAGUAUGACUGAUUCAUUUUCAUAAACUAAACACAGAUUCACUGAGGACACUUGGGUCGUGUCCUCAUUAUUUGGGAAUGUGGGAGUUUUAAUGACCUGAGGAGGAGUUUACACUUCACAAUAAAACACAAAUUAAAUGUAGUGUUUUUUUCAAAGCUCAUUGUGAUAUUUUUAGAGGCACUGUGUUUAACGUUUUAAACACUCUUAUACCCUUUUCAACAAUACAAUAAUCACAAUACAGGCAACAGAGAGAAGAUAAAUGUGACAGUUACAGUUUUGCAAUAGCAGACACCCCGUGUUUAGUUGUAACAUACAGCCUAUUCAUACUGUAUACUGCAAUAAAUUCAAAGAUGUAAGUAAAACAUACAACAAUGGUUUUAACAAUAAACAAUACAAACAAACAAGCCAUACAGUUAUUGCUUACUGACAAACAAACACAAUAUGUAUAUUCUAGUGGUGUCUGUGUUGUGUUGAUAUGAAGAGGCCCAGACUGUGGACAUCAUUGGAGGCAAUCUCUGUUUAUUCCCCCCAUGGAGUGCAACAGCAAAAGGGUAAAAACAAAAUUACGACUAUUUAAACUCAAGCCCCUACACAAAUGAAGUUACACAGGAAUAUGUUAGCAUAUUAUACAAUAAGGUUAGGCUGAAAAAUGAACUUAUAAACAGCUUAACAGUGCCAGAACACAGAAAUUAUUAUGAGAGCAAUAUCGCUUACCUCUACCAUGGAGUACAACAACAGAAGGGGAGAGGGAAGGCGGGAGACACCCCUUUAUAGGUGGGGUACCCCCAAUGGUGAGCGUAGGGGUACAGAAACUGAGUAUCAAACGUUCCACAUACUGACUAUGGAGGCCUAAGUGUGUUAUUACAAAUGUACAUUUGAUUGUGUUACACAUAUUACUGUGAGUACUGAGUAUAAAGUGGCAGUCUUUAAGAUUUCAGUCCUGGCUGAUUUGCCCUGCAGUUACUGGUGGUAGCAGCAUAUGUGGUUCAGUUCUCCAGGCCACAGAGUUCUGGAAGGAGCAAAACAAACUGUCAUCAUAUUAAUAAAGACAGCAGGCAAUAUUUGACCUUUCUCCAUCAUUCAAUGAGCAACCAUGAUGUGAUUUUAUGUGGCAAAAAACAUGUCUCUGCAGAUAGCGGGGCACAGUGAAAGGAGUUGGUUCUUCAUCACAUAGCUCACUGUGGCUGCUCCUUCUGCAAUAUUUCAAACGGUUUUGCAGUCAUGACGUGAAUGUUGCCCUCAAUACCCUCAUAAUAUUACAUAUAUGUAAAUAUUGCUUUAAUCAGUGGCUGGCUCAGUCACUAUUGUGAUAUCUCAUUUGGCAAUAGAUUCUACACAAAUUAAUGAAGGGAAACCAGACUUUAUUAUAUUUUUAAGUGAUGCAUUCAAUGUCAUGAUCUCCUUGAUCUAUCUUAUAACAUAUUGCAGGUAGGCAGCCUUCCUACUGAACAAUGAAGUAAAUUCUGUGGCAUUCAAACCAUAUGAGGUAAUGCUGUGAGGUGAAAUAAAUACUGCCAUACUGAACAUGGAUUUUGGGUCUAUUG